AGCCAUACAAGAGAGAGUCUGACUUGUCCCCUUGAAGAAUGCCUGGCAAAACACUCUGCAAAUUGAGAAGAAAGAUUCAUGGUUACAAACAAUUAGUCAAAUUUCAAGUAUAAGAUCCAGCACAUCACUCAGGUUAAACUAUUUAGCAUAAAACUUUCUAUAGGGUAAGGCUUCAUAAUAAAUCUUUUUUUUUAAACAAUGAAACCAAUCUAUUUUUAUUAUUUAAUUAAUAGAAAACAAAUAAGACAUCAUGAACAUUUAUGCUGUUUAGUGCCAAAUGCUGAUAUAAUAACAGAAAUGAUAUUUUGACACAAAUUUGACAACAAAUUUCGAUAACAAUUUGGAUGGUUAAUUAUGUUUGGUGAAAUGGUUAAUGAAUACAAUAAGGUAUUGCAACUCAUUCAUCAUCCAAUGAACAUCAUAAACCAUGAUUUUGACAUCAUUAACAAAGAUUUCAGUUGUUCAAAUAUACAUGAUAUCCAUUAACAAUCUAAAUUGUGUUAAAAUAUGCAUGAUUUUCAGGGGUGUUCAAAGCAAUGUUAUCAAAAUCGCCAGUCAACUCGCUGAAUCGGACGAGUUAACGAGUUACCCAUACCUGAGCGAGCGGAAUCGUGCUCAGAAUCGCCGGGGAAAAGGAUCGGCGCCGGAUCGGCGUUCUGAAUCGCAAAAUCGCAGAAACGGCGUGCGUUUUGAUCUGCCAAAUCAGAGAAGAUCCGCGAAUGUGUUCCGGGUCGGGCUUCGCGACCCGAGUAGAAGAUUGAAAACCCAGUCUAGUUAAAAUGCUGCGUUUGGUCUUCCCAUAUUUUAGUAAAACACUGCGUUUUGGUUUUCUAAGGUUUGUGUGUCAAACGCAUGCGUUUUGGCUUUCUUCAUUAAGUGAUACGCAGCGUUUUGGCUUUUCAUUGACCGACACCAUUUGAAGCAAUUUUUUUUAAUCAAUCAAAAUUCUUUCUUUCUGAAGCUGCGUUAUUUUAGAAGAGCAGUUGAAGACCAUAAACGUGAAGCAACUUCCCCCCACUCUUUCUCAAUGUUGAAUGGUUUGAGUUUUGAGUUUAAGUUUUGAAUCUUAAUUUUUAUGUCGAGUUAUCUGUCAUUAUUAGGAAUGUUAGGAAUUUGGUUGUGAUUUUAGAGGUUACUAUCCUACGAUUUUGUAUUACGAUCCUUCUCCGAUCUAUGAUCCUCUAUUUUGGUAGGAUCUUACGAUUCGUGUUACGUUUACCCGAGUUACGAACUACUACCCUCCUCCCGAUCCUAAUCCGAUUUACGUGUUUCACAACAUUGGUUCAAAGUGGUGGUUAGUAUGUUUUGCAUUAUUUCAGUAUUUUAAACUUGGAAAUAAUUUUUUUGGAUGAAGUGUUUAGACUAACCAAAAAUAUUUCAAUACUACCAGGCCAUGUUCUUAGGGUUGCACCCUAGUGAAUUAAUUGCGCUUCCUAAGAUGGCACUUGCAAAUGUGUUAAAUACUAUACUAUCAAAUAAAUUAAAAAAUUACGGACAUUGGUAAAUGAUUUUUUUGUGUGCAUGUUUUUACCGACAGAACACACUAAUGUGCAAGUUUUGUUUCACGCAGGGCAUGCUCAGUGAAGCCUACACUUUAUUUUCAGAGGCAUUUUCCAUUUUACAACAGGUUACUGGUCCCAUGCAUCGGGAGGUAGCUAAUUGCUGUCGGUAUCUUGCAAUGGUUUUGUAUCAUGCUGGAGAUAUGGCUGGUGCUAUUAUGCAACAACAUAAGGAGCUAAUUAUAAAUUAACGUUGUCUUGGUCUAGAUCAUCCUGACACUCUGCUCACAGCUAUGGAAAUAUGGCUCUGUUCUACCAUGGACUCAACCAGACAGAACUUGCCCUUCGCCAUAUGUCUCGUGCUUUGCUUUUGUUAAGUUUGUCAUCAGGGCCAGAUCAUCCUGAUGUUGCAGCAACUUACAUAAAUGUUGCAAUGAUGUAUCAAGAUAUAGGAAAAAUGAACACAGCUCUUCGUUAUCUGCAAGAAGCUUUGAAGAAAAAUGAAAGGCUUCUUGGCGAGGAACAUAUUCAAACAGCUGUUUGUUAUCAUGCACUCGCCAUUGCAUUUAAUUGUAUGGGUGCCUUCAAGCUUUCUCACCAGCAUGAGAAGAAAACAUAUGAUAUACUUGUAAAACAGCUUGGUGAAGAUGAUUCUAGGACUCGGGACUCGCAAAACUGGAUGAACACAUUUAAGAUGCGGGAGCUACAGAUGAAUGCUCAGAAGCAAAAAGGUCAAACUCUGAAUGCAGCUUCAGCUCAAAAGGCUAUUGAUAUCUUGAAAGCUAAUCCUGAUUUGAUACAUGCAUUCCAAGCUGCUGCAGUUGCUGGGGGGUCUGGAAGUUCAGGUGCAGCUGCUAACAAAUCCCUCAAUGCUGCAAUGAUGGGUGAAGCAGCUCUCCCCAGAGGAAGGGGAAUUGAUGAAAGGGCUGCACGAGCAGCUGCAGAAGUCAGGAAGAAGGCUGCAGCAAGGGGCCUCUUGGAACGUCCCCAUGGUGUACCCGUACAAGCCGUGCCGCCCCUUACACAGCUUUUGAAUAUCAUAAAUUCGGGUACGACUCCAGAUGCUGCAGACAAUGGGAAUGCAGAUGGAGCAACGAAGGAUGAAGAUGUAACGAAGAAGCAAGUAAAUGGUGCGAAUAACGAAGCAAAUGGCCCUCCUUCAAGUGAUUCAACGGAUGCUGAAAAAAGUGUGGUGCCUGAGCAAGAGCAAGAACAGGCCCCAGUUGGACUUGGCAAGGGGUUGUCAUCAUUGGAUACUAAGAAACAAAAAUCAAAACCUCAUGAAUUCUUCAAAACCAAAGGGGCUUGAAAUUUUGAACAUUAAGCUCUGCUUGGUUGUGUUGCUAAUGGUACAUUUGUUUGAGAUCAUGAAUUCUUUUGAGAUUGGUUUGAUUCCCCAGGUUCUCAGCUCCUCGGCUUUCGAAGAUUGUGCUGAAUAGUGGUUAAAUUCCCCAAGUUCUCAGCUCCUCGGCUUUCGAAGAUUGUGCUGAAUAGUGGUUAAUUAUUUUUUCCUGCUCUUUUCCAAUAGGUUUUGGUAGGUUUAGAAUGCACAAUACAAUUUGUAGAAUAUCUUGAAACAUCUUUCAUAUUGCACUAUUUUUUAAUAAAGUGGUGGCUAUUCUUUCAAUGAAUUUCUUAAUAAUACGAAUCUAAGAUUUUCAGUAGGGGCUGAUUUUCAGUAUAUUUACUUAAUUUCAUUGGUUUUUCAGGUUACUUCAAAUGAAUUAGAGGACUAAGCAUCUUGUUUA